GACGAUAACGACGGCGGCUACGAUCGUGCGACAGGACGCGGUAGUCCCGGUUACACGGAAGCUCCGUUCCGGGUCGACAAUGGCGAGAUGGCCUUGAGAUCGAUUGCGCGAGAGCGAGCCCGGUGAACGGCCGGGUCCGGCUUGGUACGGCGAUCGAAUCCGCGCGAUCCACACAAGCGACGUUCGUCCCGCUCGCUACCGGGUGUCUACGAUGCACGGUACGGUAACCGGGCUUACAUGUCGCGGUAACACCCAAGAGUACGACGUACGUCGGGACGUACGGAACCGACGCGCACGGUGGCACGUGAACCACCGAGACUGAAUCGCCCACGUAGGCACAUCGCGCGGAAGAAGCCGUAUAUCACGUUACACGGUGUCUGCGAUUAUUUGGUGGAACAGCGCGAGCAGUCCCCGACGUCGCCGCGACGAUCGAUCGUCAACGAUCGGCGGACUGGAAGCGAUUCUGUCGGACGAGAGAGACAGAGUAAUCACCGUCCGUUGAAUGGAGUGAUGAGCGGGGCCCCUGCGCGGGGCACAGUGCCCCGUCGUCAAAGACGUCACCAUCACCAUCAUCAUCAUCAUCAGAAGCAUCAAAAACGCGUUCGGGACGAAGCACCGAGAGACAAUACGCUGGACGAGCCGGAGGAAAAGCGGCCAAAGGUCAACCCGAUCUUCCUGUGGGCGUCGCAACGCGAGCAGAGGAUCAUCGAGGUGAGAUGCGAGGAUUACGACAAGCGGAAUCGCAUUAAGCUCACCAAGACUGCGCAAGGAUGGCGCUCGAUACCGCGCACUACAUCCAACGUCUACACGAUCGCCACUGCCAGCAAGCGGUCGACGCCGGGUCUGGUCGACUCGUCUCAGGCUUCCCCGGUCGCGUCCAACGACGAGAAGGAAAACGGCAAGCGACGCCAGGAGGUUGCGCCGACAAACGCGCCAGCAAACUCCAUGCGGCGCCAUCCGCGAAAAUACUCGGCGAACGGUGCGACGAACGGUUUGCUUACUGGCGAAGGCGCAGGCAGGAAGAGACGGUACGACGAAGAGGUGGGCCGACGGGGAUAUUCGUAUCCUCUAGGACUCCGUGAUGGUUCCAAGUGGAAGUCGGCCGAGCAAGGUUGUCCCGACGAGGACAACGACAGCGAAAGCGAACGGGAGGAAGACGGCGAGGAGGCUUGCGAACAGAGCAAGGUGGAGGAUCGUCUGAAUCGUCUAUCCAGUUUGAAGUGCAAGAACAGAUUGGGUGGUCGAGUUAACCUGGAGAGACUACAGAAGGACAAGCUGUUCCAACCGCGCGUCGUGCUGGAGCAGCUGCAUCUAUCGCAACUCCCCGAGAGCGCGCAUCAAAAUGUCGUUCGUUGCGCGAGAACUAAGGAUGUAGCGACGAACGAGACGAGGCGAGUGGAGGAAAAUGAUGAACGGGACGAGGAGGAUACCGUCGAUGCCGCAGAAGCGGAGGAAGACGAAGAGGAUGAUGAGAAGGAGAACGAAGAAGAAGAGGAGGUGAACAGGGAGGAAGCGAACAGUCGAGUGAACAAGGCGGGUAUUCAGGACAUACUGAACAUGAUAGAUGCUACGGCCUCGCCCGUUCUCGCCACUGACACUCCCAGCGCCGAUCUGCCGGUCGAUUCUACCAAGACAUAUGAAGUUCUCAGCGAAAAGUCUCAGACCGUCGAGAGGGAGGUCAGAGACACAAACCCUGACGAUGCGAAGGAUCGAUCGAGAAUAUCCAGCUAUCAGAUCCAUCAGCAGAAUGGCGAGAUCGACGAGAAGCUGGGCGUGCAUGAGGAGAAAAUUCUGGAGGAGGAUUGUUGCUUGGAGAUAGAAGACAGUAAGAUUCCCGCGGAAGACAAUUUCACGCUACUGUCAAUGAAAGAUAACCCUGUCGAGACGAUGUCACUAAAUUCUUGCAAAAUCGCAGAGGCUGAUGGCAGUCUCAUCAGCCGGUCAAAAUGCAGAUCUAACUCCAUAGUGACAUGGUCGAGUGCGACGACGACCGAAGAGGAGGCGCCAUUGGAGAUCGAGGAGGAGGCGCCGGAUGAACCCGGCGAGCCAUUGAAGAUCGAUUUCAAUGAUAACUCGAAGAUCCUCGACGCCCUGAGAAAUACUCCAGGGCUUUCAGUGUCCGUGACGAGAAAUCACACUCCUGAGAUCGGCAAGAAUCCAAUUGUGCUGCCUGCAAGGCCAUCCUCGAAGGCGUCCUCGUCGAGUAGAUCGCCAGACUCGCAGGCAGAGUGCGUCGAGAAGCUGCUGAAAAACUCGAAUGACUUCGUCGACAAUCAGGGACGCACGAGCUGCUCGCCUCGCAAUCUUCCGGGUCUAUCAAUAAUUAUACCGAGCUAUCGUUACAGAAGCAUGUCCACUCACUUGACGACGACCUCGCCAAGCACGAAGAACCGCGUCGAAUCGCCCGAGAGUACCGUCAGCUUCAACAAAGCCGACGCUUAUUCGGAUAGAAUGAAGCUAGACAGGUUUCCUCAUGAGGGGAACGAAGAAGAGGAGGAUGAGGAUGACUGUGAUUCGCAGGUUCUGGAAGACCUCCGACGACAGAAGACGGACUCGUUGGCGUAUGAUAACGUGGACGCAGAUUACUACAAUGGAUCUGGUGCCAAGAAUAAUCAUGAAGACCGCAAGACUCCAUUGGAGAACACGAAGAGCGAUUGGAGCGGUUGCAGUCGCAGCAGCGAGGCGCAGGCCAAGUGUAGAUAUCAGGAUCUCGAGCACUUCGACGAACAGGUCCUGGAAGAGCUCCGUUCUCGUGGCACCGUAGUCUCCCCUCAGCCCAGCGGUAUCCCGUGCUCUCCUGCUUCUAGAAGGCCAUCGUCAGCGUAUCUUGAGAGGCUGCUACCUAGUCCGCCAUGUUCGGUGUCCUGCUCGGAGGACGCAAAAAGUGAGUUGACGCUGAAAAGCAUCUUGGCUUCAUCCAGCUGCACGGAACCGCGAGAUUACGAUAAAUCUAAAGAGGCAGUAAUACGAUCGGAUUCCAAUGUCGAGCCCGUUUCUCGUCCAGUGCACUCGAGCGUCGACAGGAACGUGCGAAGAAUUAACCAACGGAGCUUCCAGGAGCGCCUGAGCGUUCACAGACAGGAAGCAAGGAACUCGGGCAGGCCGAUGUCCAGUGGCGACAUCCACAGCACCUUCUACACGUCUGCGGAUCGCGUCGCGCUGAAGAGACCUAUGUCCGCCGAGUGGCAAACAUCAACCGGGCAACGUCACAAGAAUCAAAUGGGUUGUUACCAAAAAGUUACCGGCAGGAUCAGGAACCAUUUAGCCAACCACCAAGAUCAGGAGCAGAUUGCCUAUGCCACGUCCAGCAGUACGGACAAGCUUCUGGACCCAGCCAAUCAGCUUCGCGAAUUGGUGGAGACCGUUGGUCACCUGAUACCAGAUCCACUUUUAGUGCCCCGUAGUUAUCUACCAGGACUGGCCGCCGCUCCGGCGACGGAGAUACCCAAGUUGCUGGCCAGCAGACCCGAGUUAAGGCUGCCAGAGGCGCUCACCAGGCCCGAUCUGCUUCGGGACCCCGAUCUGCUUGUGAUUUCGCUAGCACAUCUACAGCACGUGCUGGAUCACGGCGAAGGUCCAGUCUCCACGUCGCGUGCGCAGCCACAGCAACACAGAGUCGUCAAUAAUGGCAGUGUUAACAAGGGAUCGACCUGUCACGUAAACAGCAACGGCGCGAGAGGCGGAAACAUUGCUGGCAGACCCAAACUCAGCUGCAAGCCGAUCGGGACGCUGAUGCCGGCGCAACCAAUAGAUCUGUCGAGCAGUGGUCGUUCGCGUGUCAGCCCCUGUUGCCCUCCCCUGCUGAGGGUGCGCAGCGGAUUGCUUAAACAGGAGCCAGAAGUGAGCUCCACUGCAAGCUCGCCGGACGAAUCACAGCUUUGGCAUCCAUUAUUUGGCAGUCAGAAAAGACAGCAGCACCAGCAGCAACAGCAGCAGCCAUCACAGCAGCAGCCAUCACAGCAGCAGCAGCAGCACACCUCCUGGCACAGGACUACUCUCGCCUCCUGACCAUCGUGACCUUGACCCUGACCACGAGUCGUCCAGCCAUUCCGAGUCGGAUUCUGAAAGAUACGGAGAAAGGAAUCACAAUGGACACUUCGAUGCCAUUUACCCGGUUUCGACUGCUCGCCGAAAGUGCUUACGAACGACAUGGAACGAGAGAAAGAGCGAGCGAGCGAGCGAACGAAUGAGAAAAAGAAAGAGUGUGUGUGCAAGAAAGAGAGAGAGGGUGAAAUACUGAUGAAAAAAAGCCAAGAGUGUUGCGAGGCGAGGAAUGACCAUCGCAGGACCACUCAUAGGAACGUAUUCUUUCCCCCCUCGCGGUGGUGUAGUCGACACGAUCGCCCCCUUUCCGUUCGUACGUUUUCCUCUAACGGGUCGUUAAUCGUCGUUACAUACGUGCAUGGAAUUUUCCGUUGGAAGUUAUCGCCCGCAGGGGUCGUUAAAUUGUCCUCCUGGGAACAUGCGAAAUAAUAAAGAUAAAGACACAUAGGAAACAAAUCGCAAUCUUUAUUUCAUCAGGAAUGAUUUUACGUCAAACGUGAACACAUGCGCGUAUCACUUGUGUAUGUGCUACGUAAAAUUAUGCGAUUUACACGUAGUGUACACGUACUGCAUAUGUAGUUAUAUAUGUUAUAUAGUGUACAUGAAGCAUUUAUGUCCAAAAGUACGAUAAGUUUUUUCAUGCGCGACGUUAUCAGGGAGCUGAAAUGGAAAAUGAGACGGGAUGCGAGCACUAACGACACGUUAAAAGAUUACUUACGUUGCGCGAUCUACACUCGACACUAAACACACACGCGCGCGCGCUCGCGCGCACAUACACGCAUUAUACACAAAUUAUAUACAAGUAAAUCAUGUGAUAAAACGAGAAAAAACAUACGCGGAUGUUCUAGGAGAUAACCGGUUAGUAAAGUAGAUUAGUAGUAAAUGUAUUCUGGACUGAGGGCCCCGCUAACUCCUCAGUGUGAGUUCGAGAUAAAAAACAUAUUUUUUUAGUUGAGUCUUUUGUACUCCAAUUUGUAUCUCUGAUAACUGCGCAGAAACAAUGCCAAUUCGUAACAAGACCAGUCACCAAUGUCAGUAAAAACGUACGCACACGUUAAACGUAUGACCAGUGCAACCUUGUAGUCGAUCAGAACUUUGAUACGCGAUUGAUCAUUCGCGAUACAAGAUUACGAAUAAAUCUGUCGUACGACUGGUUGAUUCGAUGUUUUGUAAGACUACACCACUGCUACGACGAUGUAGAACACUGCGGUUUUCUCUCAUCGUCACGAUCCCGCAGGGACCCUUAACAUAAGUGCAAUGACACGCGAACGCCGUGAUGAGGCUUCUUACGUUUUCGUGCAUGAUAUGUCCGUUUUUCACGAGUAAUAAAACCAAGCGUUUGCUUCGUUGAGUUGCCCGUUAUUAUUCAUUUAAAUUCCGAGAGAUGCGAGGAUGUAUCUGCGAAUGAUAGAUCGCGUCGAUAAAUUAUUUCUCGGAGAGAAAAUACAGAAUGUUGGAAAGAAUUCUCUCUGCAUGUUGUUAAUUUUUUAAGAGAAAAUGUGAGCGAAUCUUUGUAUUAGAUACGCAUCUUUGUAUUUAUAAUUAGAUUGGGUUGUAUUUCUGUAUUAAUAUUUUUUGUUUGGAGCGUUCGUUAGUUGUUAGCUAUGUCUUUGUUAGUUUGCAUAAUUUGUUAUACCAACACACACCGCGCAUACGUACUUGUACGUAAUAGUUUUUACUUCUGCUCGCAGCGUCGUCACGGCGAUCGUAACUAGUCUCUCAAUCCCGAAGUAAAACUUAAUGCGUAAAUGAUCAAAUAUUUGCAUCCGUGUCUUACGAGCCGGGUUUACACGACGUGCAAUCAUUCUCUAUCUGCACAAUUAACGAUGAUUUAAAUUCCGCAUGAUACUUUGAUUUAUCACCAUAUUAUAAAAUCUGUCGUAAAAUCUCGUUCCUCGUUCACAAUAAUUGCGGAAUAAAACCACGAUGACUGCGCCUUCCACUGAAAACAUAUCGAUGAAUCUCAGAACUGAAUUUAUAGAUACCGUUUAUUUAUUUCAAUAAUGACAUAAUACGUGUGUUCUCAAAUUUUCCACGUGCUGGCAGUCUGAUUCAUAAACAAUCUCUUUACAUCAGGUCACUUUUAUAAUGGGCUAAAAACAUUUCUUUCCUUCAUAUUUCGAUAAUGUCUUUUUAUAUAAACAGCUAAAUAUUAUGCACAUUUUAUAAAUUCUUGUGUAAUAAAUAGAGAGAGAGAGAGAGAGAGAGAGAGAGCACGAUUAAAUUUAUGAUUCUAGAAAAAAAUCAUGAAUAUACAUGUCGACUUUAUUUACGCCGUGCAAAAGGCAAGAUAAUUUUAAAGACUGUCCAGAUAACAAGUUUUUCUUAUUUUGCAUUUUCACUUUCGUAUCAUUUUUACUUACUAUGUACAGUAAUCAGUGAUAAUUGCAAUUAUUUUUAAUUCUGUUUGUCCAGUUUGUCCCAAUUGGAUAUGUCACAGAUAAUUGCAGGGCAUCGAAAUGAUUGCUUCGUUGACUCGUUUAUCAUAUGCAUGUUAUGCUAUUUCCGUCGGAUACCGGAAAACAUCGCAGACACAAUAACAUAUCAGGGAGACGGCAUUUCAAAAAUAGUCACGCUUUGGUAUUCCAGCGAGCACACUCAUUUAUUGCGUGAACAUGUAUUUCUUGUUUAAUCCCGUUGCGUGAAAUGAGAUUUGGCGUACAAUGGAAAAUUCUUUUCUGUCAUCGGUGUAAACUCGGUAACAGCAUUAGCACCUUAAAUCUUUGUGACUAGGGCCCAAUUUCUUCACCUCUCGAUAACUUUAUCCAAAAGAUAUCUCGUAGAAUCAGUUUUCUUCAUCUUUUUAACCUGACAGAAUAUGAUAAUUUAUAAUAACAUUCUAGACACUUUGUGUCAAAAGUGAGUAGUAUAAAGAAUAGCUAUCCGUUAAAUACGUAAUCAGAGGUUUCAAUGAAGAAAAGAAAUUUUUAGUUAUCUGGAAGAUAGCUAUUGAGAAGUAUGAAGAAACCGGGCAUAGAUCUCGAAUAAUAGUACGACUUUCAUAAGAGAUGUCAAAAUAAUUUAUCGGAACAUCGUUUUUAUUAUUUAAUAGAGAGAGAAAGUUGCACACACAUACAUACACAAAACAUCACGCAUUUGUCUCUGUAAACCUUAUAUCAAAAUGUAUAGAAACACGAAAAUGUAAAGUGCAAAGUGAAGAAUCAGCAAAGGAAAAGGAGCCGGAACAAUGCGUGACGAAUUGAGUGCUAUCCGGUAAUUCGAAGGGAAAAAUAGAGGGCAAGAGGAAGUACUACAGUUAAAGCGUGUAGAUAGUCCGUAUUAGCUAGGGAAAAAGGUAUUUUCUAUAUGAUGUGCACGUUCCUCUGGGAAAUAGCGUAUCCUACAUACGUGUAUUUGCACGGACAUGCACUUGACAACAGCGUGCGACGCUGAUUAUACCGUUUUUUCAGGCUUGCAAUCCGAUAUUCCGCCACGGCGGAAAAGAUUCCUCGCGACAAUUCAUAGCAUUUGGCGUGGCUCUCAUGUCGGAUUAGCGCGAGUCGCAUCAGCGUAAAUUAGCGAUGGUUAAAGAAAUUCUGUGACGCCACGCAGGAACCCUACGUAUGUAUCUUGAUCGCGAAUUGCGGACUGCACCGAAUAUCGAUUUAUAAUAGACUUCGAAUUCACCGUAAAAGACGAAACAAAGCGCGAAGCGGAAAAGUUGUGCCCGAUUUUCAUAUUUUCUCUUCUUCAGAAGGAGUAUGUGAUAUUCCAAAAUUUGUAACAUAACGUUUUAACGUGAGAAAGAGAGAGGUAGAGCGAGGAAGUGGCGGGAAAAGGCCGCCAAACGAAAUGUCAGUUAUUACAUUUAGUAGAAUACUCUUUUUCCAGAACCACCGUUUCCGCGGAACGAAACACGCUUGUACAUAUAGGUAUACCGUCGUGUUCUUCGUCGAACCGGAACGUAGGGUACUCAUUGUCAGUUUGCGACCGAAGGCACAGAAUUUUGUUGCUCCGCUUUUAUUGUGGGUGCGACACUUAUUUAUAAAAGCGCAAACAGGAAAAUGACAGAGAGGUUUAACAUUAAUCAUUAUCAAUAACGGCUGAGAAUAACAGCCUUAUUAACCAUAAGGCCCGUUCUACCCGAUAAGUCGUAUGCCGGAGUCGGAUGUUGCCAGUCGUAAAAAUCGGAAGAGAUGGGACUUGACCAUCUCUUUUGUUUAUGUAGAACGGGCCUAAUAAAUUGUGACCGACCCGGGGUGCAAAAGAUAAAAAAGCCCGAGCGUGCUACUAAUGCUAUGUGACAAUGUAAUAACUGUGUGACAAUGGAGAUGAUGCACUUUUGGCACGUUCCGAUGCGUUUACCAUCGCAAAUAACGCAGAUACAAUCGUCCUGUAGUGUUCGCCGGCCGUGCCAAUUCCGACGGAAACGCAAGCGAUUAUUAGCGUUGUUAUGUCCACGAUGACCUCGUUAAAAGUCAUGACUUCGGUAUGUGUGUCUGCGACAGUCGCGACGUACUGCAACGACAAUAGCGAGGACGACGAUGGUAGACUGCAUGAUAUACACAACAGCGAGGCAACAACGUUGCGGCAAAAGCGAACGCGACGCGACCACCCUGUCCCCGUUUUUCGCCGUUGGUGUGUGCAAAAGACGAAGCAACGCGCGACUGUACGCGGAUUGUGGUGCGUGCUGGCGAUAGUAAGAUCGACAUUGGUGAAGAAGUUGAUCGCAAAAUGCGCGUGGCCGGCUGCGACCGCUCUUUCAUUUUAUAAUACUUCGUUUCGAGAGGAAAUUUUCGUUCAGAACGAGUUGUAAAUUCGUCGAAAUUUGUUAAAAUUGUAUUAAUAUCUUAAUCCCCCUCCCCCUCCGCGCGUAACGCAGCACGGUCUGCGAAAGCGUUAGUUGGGAGUAUCAUAUUUUUGCAACGAGGAGAGUCUUUUGUGACGAAAACGAUGCUCGUGAGAGCAUGUUUUGCAUCACGAUCACGUAAUAAUUCGCUCGGGAGAGAAUGACGGUGCACUUAACGGCUGAAUCUUGAAACGAUUUAAGUUUGUUUAAAUUUGUUAUGUUAUUGCCUGUAGAUAAAUCCAGACGGUGCUAACGACGAAUUAUUAUUAUUUUUAACUUGAUUCAGUUCCUUCAGCAUGUGCAGCACGAGCGAGAGAACCGACGUGCGACUUACUGGCGUCUCGUUAUCUGCGAGCGUUACGUAAUUAUUAAUUAUGAUUGCCCACACUCGGCGACGCGCGCGAGUUGUAUAGAUUUUUACUUGUUUGUUUAUUUAUUGUUAGGUAAAGAGCGGACGCGCGACGAAAGUGUGAUGAACGAUUCGCGGCUAGGCAGGAGCUAACCAGCAUUUUAGAUAAUCGGAAACCCUGUGACUGUUUAGCCUCUAGAUUUUAUUAGCGACACAAAAAUGACUAAAAUAUUAUUUUGUUGAUAUAUACAUAUUAUAUAUAUAUAUAUAUAUAUAUGAUUAUUAUUGAUUAUGAAUAACAAAUAAUAUGUAAAUAUACAAGAACACCGCAGAGUUCUGUUUCCAA